UUUCAUAGAACCCAAAAUCAAGCCGUAGAUAAAUUUGAAAUAUUCAGCUUUCAAAACUUUUUUUUCCCAAACUUUUUUGUGAAAUGUCAUUUGCCAUGCUUACAGUUGGUGGCGGCGGCGGUGGCGGCGGCAGUGAUAGUGAUCACCAUUUAAGUGACAAUUUGAUGCAACUUGAAAUGCGGCCGAAUCCCUAUAGUCAACGCGUUCUGUUGGGUAAUUGGUAUGAGCAACGUUUGACAGAUAAAAGUGACAAGAAAGCCAUCACACCAGCGAUUAUUGGACAAAGUGAAUGUGGCCAAGAGAAGCCGCUGUAUAGAUGUGACUUCACUCAAUCCAUAGCCAUUGAUUCAACCAAAGACCAUGAGCAGUAUAAAGAAUGGAAAAUGCAAGGCUUCAGCAAUCGCUUAAGGGGUGAGGGAAGCAACAUAAAACUAUGGCAUGGUCCUGAAUAUGAAAAGAACAUUACCACCUCCAAUGACCUUAUGUUUCGCAUAAUGCCCCAGGAGUUUGCCAAGCGAAACGAUGCCGGAAUCCAAAAGUCCACUUUGCGGCAGGAUUAUUUGCAUAGCUAUGGCAAUAGCACCAGAACGGGCCUAUUGCAGUGGCGCUUAUGUGAGGCAAGGAGGGAGAGAAAUACCUCAAUUGAUAGGUCACAUUAUCAGGGGGCUUUUAAGAGAAUACCAUUGCCAAAGAAGGAAACGGCAUAUAAUCAAUCAAUGAAAAAGACCAGCAUUGUUUGAAAAGCAUCAAACCUAUACAACUUUAGUAUAAUUCUGAACUUCAACAAAACGUGUCGUGGUGGUCUCCGGCAUACUGUGUCUAAAAUUCCAAAAACAAUUUUUUUUGAUUUAAGCCCCCUGCGUUAAGUUUGUUGUUCGGCCAAUACACGUGAAAUUCUUUAUGAAACGUUGCCUUGCAUGCAUAACGUCUCACAUCCGGUUGAGGCAACCUUGAACUUGGCAUAGAAAAAUUAUUUUUACAAAUACCACCAUUCGCCCGCAGAAACGAAAACAAAGGCAUUUUGCAAAAAUGUGUUUGUACAUGAGUGUGCCUCAGUGGCUAAAUUUACAAAAUUUCCUAACGGCUGUCAAUGAGAGCAUAAAUCACACAAUCGAUGUGACAGUUAUGCUCGUUUAUUUUAAAUGUUUCAAUAAAGCACCCACCUCCAAGGACCUUGAAUCAAGGACAGCCAUUGAUUAUAAAAAUAUGGAAAAUUAUGUGCAAGUGAAUGGAAAAGGUGAAUGGUUAAGUGAUAAUAAAUUCAGUAAAUUGCAAAUCUCAACGGCUGCCACAGCAAGCAGCAACGAUAUCAAACAGGCCCUAAGUGAAGCAACAGUAAUAAAUUUCAAUUAUAACCUGCCCACCAGCGACUCACAAGAGGAAUCUCGCCGGACUCAAAUCCUGCCUCAACAUCAUUUGCACCACCAUCACCAACUACAGCAACAACAACAAGUGUGUAAUAAUGAACAAUUACCAUCGCCGGAUAUGAGAGUAAAAAAGACAAUACCACUACACACAUAAAGUGAACGGGCGAAAAACAAAAUCCGGUUAGCCGAUAAUGUCUGUGUAAAUAAAUCAUUGGACAGCCAUAAAUUAGUGUGCGGACCCAGAGAGUGCGCAGCGCCUAAAUAGCAUCAAGCAAAUAGAGUUCACAUAUUUUUGAUAAAUGUCAUCUCCGUUUCCGUGUCAAUUUUAUUUUGUCCAUACCUAUAGCAAAUGUUUGAAUGAAAAACAACAGCAAAGCCAUAAAAGGUAAUUGUUUCAUACAUUAACAUAUGGUUAAUGGCCAAUUAUGGGAAUUUUGUUUUUUUUUUAUUUUCUUGCCAUCUUUAUUGAUUGUUGUGUAAAAAAAAAAACCUGAUUGUUGAUGUUGGUGAUUAAGGGAAAAUAACCACAUAAUAAAAAUAAAAUUUCACUCAUUACCAUAUAAUGAGAGAAACCAUGGUGUGAUUUUUACUA